AUGGACCCGCCGGUUCCACUCCCCCUGAAUGGCGGAGAGAAACGGGAAAGAGAAGAAUCAGAACAGGUUGAUCAAAGAGGCAAAAAAACCAUGGAAGAUGCACUCUCAAUGGGUAUACAUACUCAGACCAAGCAGGAGCAGAUUACACGUGAUGUUCUUCCAUUUGCCAGAAGCUAUCAGCUUGAAGCAUUGGAAAAAGCUAUCCGUGAGAAUACCAUAGUGUACUUGGAGACUGGUUUGGGCAAGACUUUGAUAGCCAUCAUGCUUCUUCGCAGCUAUGCUCAUCACCUGCGAAAGCCUUCUCCUUUCGUUUCAGUGUUCUUGGUUCCCCAAGUUGUGUUGGUCUCUCAACAAGCUGAAGUUGUGAAAAUGCAUACCGAUUUGAAAGUGGGACUGUAUUGGGGAGACAUGGGAGUUGACUACUGGGAUGCAGCUACCUGGAAACAAGAAAUGGAGAAACACGAGGUGCUUGUCAUGACUCCUGUAAUAUUGCUGAAUUGCUUGAGGCAUAGCUUCGUCAAACUGAAUAUGAUUAAGGUUUUAAUAAUGGAUGAGUGCCAUCAUGCUAGGGGUAAACACCCCUAUGCCUGCAUCAUGACUGAGUUUUAUCAUCACCAAUUACAAUCUGGUAUAUCUGACCUCCCUCGAAUUUUCGGUAUGACUGCAUCUCCAAUUAAGUCGAAAGUUGGAAAAUCUGAAUCAUCCUUGUCAGAGAAUAUUCAGAAACUAAUGACUCUAAUGCAUUCUAAGGUAUAUACAUGUGUAAGUGAAGCUGUCGUCUCUGAGUUCAUACCAACAUCAACACCAAAAUUGAAGUUUUACAACGACAAUGGAAUUCAAUUUGUAUUAUUUGAAGAAUUAGCGUCUAAGCUCAAGGUGUUAAAAGAGCAGCAUGAACUCACUCUAAGAAGUUCAGAUUUCACCAAAUCAACUGCUGAUUCUGCACAAAAAAGAAUAGCAAAGAUGUUUUGUGCUUUGAUAUUUUGUCUGGAUGAGCUUGGUGUUUGGUUGGCUUUGAAGGCUGCAGAAUUUUUAUCUUCUAAUGAGUUUGACUCAUUUUCUUGGGGACACUCUGGGGAUAGAGUUGUUAAAAACUUUAUUUUGGCGUGUGUAAACACACUGAAAAGUUACUUGCAAUGUGAUGCUAAGUGGUCUGUUGGUGACAAUAUUAAAUUUGAUUGCGAGAUGGGGCUGUUGACCUCCAAAGUUUGCUGUCUUAUGGACUCUCUACUCGAGUACAGAUCGAGUGGGAUAAGGCUAUUGGGUUUGACUGACAUGAGAUGCAUAAUAUUUGUUGAAAGAAUCGUUACAGCCAUUGUACUCCAGGAUUUAUUCAGUGCCUUGCUUCCAAAGUACAAUAGCUGGAAGACUAAGUUUAUUGUAGGACACAAUUUUGGAUUGAAAAAUCAGUCAAGGAGACAACAAAAUGAAAUUGUCGAAGAAUUUCGAAUGGGAUUGGUCAACAUCAUUGUCGCCACAUCAAUUCUUGAAGAGGGUUUAGAUGUUCAAAGUUGCAAUUUAGUUAUUAGAUUUGAUCCAUCUCCCACAGUGUGCAGUUUCAUACAGUCCCGAGGACGUGCUAGAAUGAAAAAUUCAGAUUACGUAUUAAUGGUCAAGAGUGGGGAUUCAGUUACAUGUUCUCGACUUGAGAAAUACCUUGCAAGUGCGGAUAUUAUGAGGAAGGAGUCAUUACGGCAUUCUACUCUUACACGUGAUCCUCUUGAAAGUGAUGACUUUGAUAAGGAAGCUUAUCAUGUUUCAAGCACUGGAGCCAUUGCAAAUCUUAGUUCUAGCAUCAGUUUGAUAUAUUUGUAUUGCUCUCGCCUCCCUGCAGAUGGAUACUUUAAACCAACUCCAAGGUGGGACAAAGAGACUGGUACAUUGUAUCUUCCCAAGAGCUGUCCUUUACAACCUAUUCAUGUAGUUGGUGACAGAAAACUCUUAAAGAAUAUCGCAUGCCUUGAAGCAUGCAAACAACUUCAUAAGAUAGGAGCUCUAACAGAUAAUCUUGUUCCAGAUAUUGUUAUCGAAGCAGCAGAGGUGGAGGAAUUUGGGAAUGAACCUUAUGAUGAAGAUCAACCAACUUAUGUCCCAUUUGGAUUGCUUGAUCCAGAAAUUGGAUGCUCUCAAUUUGAUAUGGGUUUUGACAGAGGUAGUGUGUCUGUAAAGUUAAGAUACAAAGGAAAGAUUAAUCUUUCACCAGAUCAGGUUCUAUUGUGUACAAAUUUCCAGCUCACUUUGCUUAGAAUUCUCAUAGAUCAUGAUAUGAACAAGUUGGCGAUUGGUUUAGAUAAAUUCUAUUUGGAAGAUGAUGUUAAUAUUGACUAUCUUUUGCUUCCAGCUAUUGGGAAAGGGGAAAAAUCAGAUAUUGAUUGGUUAGCUAUCAAUUCUGUAAAUGCAUGUAAUUUGACGUGCAAUUAUCAUCAACCUCACAUAAGGACAAAAAGUGGUCUAGUGUGCACUUGUAACCUACGGGAUGCAUUGGUUUGCACAAACCAUGCUAGUGGUAAGAAUUAUUUCUAUAUCACCACUGGUGUAAUGGAAUUAGAUGGAAACUCGCUUAUGGAACUAAAGGAUGGCGGAGUUACUUCAUACAAAAAUUAUUAUAAAGAACAUCAUGGUAUAUCAUUGCAAUUUGAACAUCAACAGCUACUUAAAGCAAGACACAAUUUUCAAGCUAAAAAUUAUUGUGAUGGACUCAAACAAAGGAAAGAAAGAGGAGCAAGCAAGGCCUUUGUUGAAUUACCUCCUGAACUGUGCUCUAUAGUCAUGUAUCCAGUGUUAGAAGCAAUAACCAGUAAAAGAUGCAACGAACCCUUUCAUUAUGAAUCUCUAGAGACUCUCGGAGAUUCUUUUUUAAAAUAUGCUGCCAGUCAACAGCUUUUUAAAACCUAUCAAAGUCACCAUGAAGGUCUCCUCAGUGUGAAGAGGGAAAAGAUAAUUUCUAAUGCUGCACUCUGUAAACUAGGGUGCAGUUCCGGCCUUCAGGGUUUCAUACGAGAUAAGCCAUUUAAUCUUCAUUCCUGGAUCAUUCCUGGUGAUAAUUCUGGAAGUUUUAAAAUAGAAGAGUUGAUUAGCAAGGGGAAAAAACUUUAUAUUUGUGGAAAAAGACAAUUAAAACGAAAGGCUGUUGCCGAUGUUGUUGAGGCACUAAUUGGUGCCUUCCUCAGCACUGGUGGUGAAAAGGCUGCAUUGUUGUUUAUGGAUUGGGUUGGUAUUAAAGUGAAUUUUGAUAAAAUACCCUAUGAGAGGCAGUUUGACAUUCAACCAGAGAAACUGGUAAAUGUCAGCCUUUUAGAAUCACAAUUGGGGUACACUUUCCAUGACCGUUCUCUCUUAGUGGAAGCUCUGACCCAUGGUUCUUACAUGUUGCCUGAAGUUCCUAGAUGUUAUCAGAGACUAGAAUUUCUUGGAGAUUCAGUGCUGGAUUAUCUUAUCACAUGGCACUUGUACAACAAAUAUCCUGGCAUGUCACCUGGACAGUUAACUGACAUGAGGUCAGCUUCUGUGAAUAACGAUUGUUAUGCAUGGUCUGCCAUUAAGCAUGGGUUGCACAAACAUGUACUCCAUGCCUCACAAGAACUGCAUAAGCAUAUUGCUAUCACACUUGACAAUUUUGGUAAGUUGUCUUCAUCGUCAACUUUUGGAUACGAGUCAGAGACAUCACCACCUAAGGUACUAGGAGACAUUAUAGAGUCUCUGGCUGGAGCGAUUCUUGUUGAUUCAGGAUACAAUAAGGAGGUUGUGUGGCAAAGUAUAAGUCCACUUUUGGAACCCCUCGUCACACCAGAAACAUUGAAGCUCCACCCAGUGAGAGAAUUGAAUGAACUAUGCCAGAAAAAAAGUUAUAAUAUCAUACAAGAGGUCGUGUCCCGCAAAGAUGGUGUGACUAAUUAUAGCAUGGAGGUUGAAGCUGAUGGGAUCAUUCACCAGUAUGAGUAUAUCGGUCAUGCUCUUAAGGACACAGCGAAGAAGACAGUGUACAGGGAAAUUUUGAAAUCCUUGAAGGAAGAAGAUUUGGGAUAG